UGUUGGCUUAGCUCCUCUGAGAAGAGAAAAGGUGCUUGGACCUCCGCUUGUUUCUUCUUUAGAAUAAUUUGGAUGGAAUUUGUGAUGCAGAAAAGCUUAAAGAAAAAGGGAUAGUCAUUCUGUGUGGUGGAAAAAUUUUUGCAAAAACUAAUUCCUUUCUUCAAACAAGGGUGCCAUUUUGAUAUUUAUGGGGAUUGUUGUUCUCACUAUGAAGGCAUCUGUUAUUGAAAUGUUCCUUGUUUUGCUGGUGACUGGCAUACAUUCCAAUAAAGAAAUGACUAAGAAGAUUAAAAGGCCCAAGUUCACUGUGCCUCAGAUAAACUGUGAUGUCAAAGCUGGAAAGAUAAUCAAUCCUGAGUUCAUUGUGAAAUGUCCAGCAGGAUGCCAAGACCCCAAGUACCACGUUUAUGGCACUGGAAUCUACGCGUCUUACUCCAGUGUGUGUGGCGCCGCUGUACACAGUGGUGUGCUCGAUAAUUCAGGAGGAAAAAUACUUGUUCAGAAAGUGGCAGGACAGUCCGGUUACAAAGGGAGUUUCUCCAAUGGUGUUCAGUCCUUAUCCCUACCAAGAUGGAGAGAAUCCUUCAUCGUCUCAGAAAGUAAACCCCAAAAGGGUGUAACCUACCCAUCAACUCUUACGUAUUCAUCAUCCAAAAGCCCAGAUGCCAAAGCAGGCGAGACCACAAAAGCCUAUCAAAGGCCAUCUGCUCCAGGGACAACUGCACAGCCAGUCACCCUGAUGCAGAUUCUGGCUAUGCCAGCAGCUGAGGUCACCCACGCCACCUUGCCAAAGCCAUUCCCAUUUGCAACCUCUGCCACCAGCAGCCCCAGACCUCAGCCUGUGGGCCACGGGAGCUGGGAGAUGGGUACCCCAAAACAGGAUUCUCCAGGAGCUGCCUUCCAGGAACCCAUGGGAGCAGAUGUCGGCCUCGGAUUUAUUCCAAAAGAAGAAUUAAGCACACAGUCUUCGGAGCCAGUAUCCCAGGGAGAUCCAAACUGCAAAGUAGACUUGUCAUUUUUAAUUGAUGGGAGCUCCGGCAUUGGAAAACGUCGAUUCCAAAUCCAGAAGCAAUUCCUGGCUGACAUCGCCCAGGCCCUUGACAUUGGCCCUGCUGGUCCUCUGAUGGGUGUGGUUCAGUAUGGUGACAACCCUGCUACCCAGUUUAACCUCAAAACUCACAUGAAUUCUCGAGACCUGAAGACAGCUAUUGAGAAAAUUACCCAGCGAGGAGGGCUUUCUAAUGCUGUGUGCAGAACCAAUGGCUUCUACUCGUUCAAYGUGCAGAGCUGGUUGGGCCUCUCCAAGACCAUGCAGCCCCUGGUGAAGCGGGUCUGUGACACCGACCGCCUGGCCUGCAGCAAGACCUGCUUAAACUCAGCCGACAUCGGCUUUGUCAUUGACGGCUCCAGCAGCGUGGGGACAGGCAACUUCCGCACGGUCCUGCAGUUUGUGGCCAACAUCAGCAAGGAGUUUGAGAUUUCAGACACAGACACACGCAUCGGGGCCGUGCAGUACACCUACGAGCAGCGGCUGGAGUUUGGGUUUGACAAGUACAGCACCAAGCCCGACAUCCUCAACGCCAUCAAGAGGGUGGGGUACUGGAGUGGUGGCACCAGCACCGGCGCUGCCAUCCACUAUGCCCUGGAGCAGCUCUUCAAGAAGUCCAAGCCCAACAAGAGGAAGCUGAUGAUCCUCAUCACCGAYGGCAGGUCCUACGACGACGUGCGGAUACCAGCCAUGGCCGCCCAUCAGAAGGGAGUGAUCACCUAUGCAAUAGGGGUUGCAUGGGCUGCACAGGACGAGCUGGAAGUCAUUGCCACUCACCCUGCCAGAGACCACUCCUUCUUUGUGGAUGAGUUUGACAACCUGUACAAAUCCAACCCCAGGAUCAUCCAGAACAUUUGUACAGAGUUCAAUGCACAGCCGCGGAACUGAAUUCAGAGCAGCAAAGCAUAGCAAAUGCUGCCCUACUGACUGGCUCUUUGGACAGUGCUUUCUGGGGCACCCACAGGGUGGGCGAGUCUUGGGGAGGGCUUGGGCAAACAAGAUGCAUUUCUGUUCUUUGCCAUUGCAGUUCUCAUAUGUCAAAACUUGGCACUGGAAACAUGAUCAUCGACUUACAGAUUGAAUCAAAAUAAUACGUCAUUUUUAGGGUGCUGAGGAUUUACAUUUUGACAGUUGUUUUCAAAAUCCAUGUUCAGAAGAGAGUGCAGCACUUAUUGACAGGCUUAAAUGGAGCUUUUGUGAGAAUUUUUUAUUUUUAUUUCUCAUUAAACUCUGUAACCCUCAACAAGUUUCAUUUUGUCA